GCCGCGGGCGCCCGAACUGUGGAGUCCGCACAGAGGUGGGGGGCAACGGUCAACCGUCGCCCCGAGGCGGGUGGCGGCGGGAUGGCGUCGGCCUCUGGAGCCUCGGAUUUGGUCGGCUCUGGAGCGCCCCCACCUGGCGGGGGAGCCCAGGCGGCGGCGGCUGAGGAGGAGGAGCGAGAGGUGGUACGGGUCCGAGUCAAGAAGUGUGAGAGCUUUUUGUCACCUGAGUUCCGCUCUUUCGCCGUCGACCCCCAGAUCACCUCGCUCGAUGUAUUACAGCACAUCCUCAUCCGAGCCUUUGAUUUGAAUGGCCCUCCAUGGCACUGGGAGCACUUGAGAGCUGCCACACUUCCUCUGUCCAGGAAGAAGAACUUUGGCAUCAGCUACCUGGGCCGGGAUCGGCUGGGGCAGGAAACUUACCUCUCACUCCUGUCUGACUGGGACCUCAGCACAGCCUUCGCCACUGCCUCCAAACCUUACCUGCAGCUGCGGGUAGACAUUCGGCCCACCGAGGACAGCCCUCUGCUGGAAGACUGGGACAUAAUCAGCCCCAAGGAUGUCAUUGGCUCCGAUGUGCUCCUGGCUGAGAAAAGGUCAUCACUGACGACAGCUGCCCUGCCCUUCACACAGUCCAUCCUCUCUCAGGUGGGCCGCACCUUGUCUAAGGUCCAGCAGGUGCUAAGCUGGUCAUAUGGGGAAGACGUCAAGCCCUUCAAGCCUCCCCUGAGCGAUGCUGAGUUUCACACCUACCUGAACCAUGAGGGCCAGCUCUCGCGCCCUGAGGAGCUGCGCCUGCGGAUCUAUCACGGCGGUGUUGAGCCCUCCCUGCGAAAGGUGGUGUGGCGGUACCUACUGAACGUGUACCCAGAUGGGCUGACGGGCCGUGAGCGGAUGGACUACAUGAAACGCAAGAGUCGCGAGUAUGAGCAGCUCAAGAGCGAGUGGGCACAGCGAGCGAGCCCCGAGGACUUGGAAUUCAUCCGCAGCACAGUCCUCAAGGAUGUGCUGCGGACAGACCGGGCCCACCCCUACUAUGCGGGGCCUGAGGACGGCCCGCACCUGCGGGCGCUGCACGACCUACUCACCACCUACGCCGUCACGCACCCGCAGGUGUCCUACUGCCAGGGCAUGAGCGACCUCGCCUCGCCCAUCCUCGCCGUCAUGGACCACGAAGGCCAUGCCUUCGUCUGCUUUUGUGGCAUCAUGAAGCGCCUGGCUGCAAACUUUCAUCCCGAUGGCCGCGCCAUGGCCACCAAGUUUGCCCACCUCAAGCUGCUACUGCGACAUGCUGACCCUGACUUCUACCAGUACCUACAAGAAGCCGGGGCCGACGACCUGUUCUUCUGUUACCGCUGGUUGCUGCUUGAACUCAAGCGCGAGUUCGCCUUUGACGAUGCCCUCCGCAUGCUCGAGGUCACCUGGAGUUCGCUGCCCCCCGAUCCUCCUGAACAUGAGGUAGAGCUUGUCGGACCCCCCAGCCAGGUGGCAGACACUGGCUUCAGUGGCCACAGGGGGCGGCCUGUGCGACAGAGGCACAUGCUGAGGCCUGCCGGGGGAGGAGGCGGUGCUUUCGACGAUGCUGUUGACCAUUUGGUCACAACCAGCCAGGGGCCUGGUGGCGGGGGGCGUCUCCUGAGACAAGCCAGUCUGGAUGACCUCCAGCAACUCAGGGAUAACACGGGCUCCAGGAGGGACCCUCUGGUCCAGCUGCCCCACCCAGCUGCCCUCAUCAGCUCCAAGUCCCUCUCUGAGCCCUUGUUGAACUCCUCAGACCCACUCUCCUCGUCUUCCCGCCCUGAUUCCCCUUCCUCCUCAUCUCCGCCGUCCACUCAAGAGGCCUCUCCCACCGGUGAUGUGGCUGCAGGAUCCCCCUUGAUGCCAGAGUUGGGCUCCCCACAAGAACCUGGGAAAUCCCUGCCACCCCCACCCCCACUGGGCUUGCCCCCGCCCCAGGAAUUUGGCCGAGGGAACCCAUUUAUGCUCUUCCUCUGCCUUGCCAUCCUGCUGGAGCACCGUGACCACAUCAUGCGCAACGGGCUAGAUUACAACGAGCUGGCCAUGCACUUUGACCGCCUUGUGCGGAAACACCACCUGGGGCGCGUCCUGCGCCGGGCCAAGGCUCUCUUUGCUGAUUACCUACAGUCAGAGGUGUGGGACUCCGAGGAGGGGGCCGAGGCCACAGCCCCGUCUUGAUCAGGCUCCUUCCAGCCCACCAUAAGUCCCACCACCAGAUCUCUGUUCUUUACCAUGGGGGCCUAUACAUGAAACCCCCAGCUCCCUGCCUGCCAGCCCUAGACCUGUUGGAGGGCAGGGCCCCUUCUCCCCACGUCUGAGAGUGUGGGGCUGUGCCUUGGCACUGCCCCAUGGAGGCCACAGCCUCCUUUCUCAGUUUAUGUUGUAUUGUUUUUAACAACUGUACUUUGCACACACGAA